AUGGCUGAAGCUGCCAGGAAGGACCAGGCACUGCAGUGGGCACUGCUUCCUGACCUGGCCCAGAGCAGCCACGUGCUUCUGCAGCAGAAACAGGAGCUCACCCUGGAAGAGAGAGCAGAGCAGAAACCUACAGUGGCCAGGGUGUUGUCCGUGGUUUUUCUGCAGGAAAAGACUGUCCCCAUCCCUGAAAAACUGAAUGAGUGGGCACCACGACCUCCCCCAGAGUUUGUUAGAGAUGUGAUGGGUUCCAGUGCUGGAGCUGGGAGUGGGGAGUUCCACGUGUACCGACAUCUUCGGCGGCGGGAGUACCAGAGGCAGGACUUCAUGGAUGCCAUGGCUGAGAAGCAAAGACUAGAUGAGGAAUUCCAGAAGAAACUGGAGAGGAAUAAGAUGAUUGCAGAAGAACAAACAGCAAAACGCAGAAGGAAGCGCCAGAAAUUAAAAGAGAAGAAGCUGCAAGCUAAGAAAAACAAACUUGAACAAAAGAAGCAGGAAAAAGAACCUGAUCAGUCUCAAGAACAAGCCAGCAGCGAGGAGGAUGAAGAGGAUAGCAAAGAGGAGGAAGAGAAGGAAGAUGAUGCUGAAGAGCCAAGUUUUGUGAUGGGAAGAGGAUGAGGCCUUUCAGGGAUAGCUGGAAACACUGUUCAUUGCUUUACAUGCAGGAGCAUGAAAAUCUUUCAUCUCAGCCAAGCAGAACCCAUUGGCCUACAUUGUAUCUGCUUAAUGGUGAAUGACCUGCAGGCCAGAGAGAGAAUGAUAGAGAAAAGCCAAAUAAGAUAUUUUUCUUCUUAACUGCUUGUAUAACUGCUGUGCAGUCUGCUCUAAGUUUGCUCUAAAGAGUCAGCCAUAAGUCUCUGUGACCCUAGAGUUCUUUCUGACAUGGCCCAGAGUGUUUUUCUGUCUGAAAGCUAAAACAUAUCCAUUACCUUUUAAGGAAAAUGUGACUGUGAGGGCUACAUGUUCUGUUAAUGUUGAAGCUGGUAGCAUUGGGAUACAUGAAUUGAAGGGAAGAGUUUAACCCAAAGUAGAGAAGUGGUCUGUAGCCAGGCUCUUCUGCACUGUGAGUGUUCUGAAUUUGGGGUUUUGUAUGGGGUCAUCUCUAACCCAAAGAAACCAGUUUAUGUUCUAGACAAGUUCUACAGAUUUUUAAGCAGGAUCCCUUUUUUAUUGCUCAAACUUUCCCUAUUCAUUUUCUUCCAUGUUUUUUUUUAAAUGAAUAAAGGGGAUGUGUUGGAUU